UCCCGCGAUUUCGCGAGAGCGCGCGAGAUUUGUCUUCCUUCCGCGCCCCGCCCCCCCACCAACCAGGGGAGCGCUUUCCAACAUGGCGGCUGCCGAGUGAGGUACCGGAGCGGCCAUCGCGCGUCGGGCCUCGGAUCGGGGAAGCGGAUGGAGGCGGCGGGACCGGAGGGGAGCCUCGGAGGCCCCGUCGGGGCGCCGGGGAUGGAGGCGGACAAGGCGGAGGUGGUGUUGCCCGGAUUUAAGGACGCCGAUUCCUUCGUGAAGCAUGCCCUCGGGACCGUGGUGUCAGCCACCAAAGCGUCCAGUGGCCUCCCUCAGCCAGGAGACGAGUACGACUUCUACCGGAGCUUCCCUGGCUUCCAGGCCUACUGUGAAACGCAAGGAGACCGGCUGCUUCACUGCAUGAGUAGAGUGAUGCAGUACCAUGGAUGCCGCAGCCACCUCAGAGACCACAGCAAGGUGACGGAGCUAGAGGACAAAUUUGAUCUGCUGGUGGAUGCCAAUGAUGCCAUUCUAGAAAGAGUGGGCAUCCUCUUAGACGAAGCAUCAGGUGUGAAUAAGAACCAGCAACCGAUCCUUCCAUCAGGCCUGCAGCCUCCCAAGACCAUCAUCUCCAGCUGGAACCGCAAGAGCAGCGAGGGAGGCAAGCAGAGCCGACGGGAGACAUUCCGCCUGCUUCACGCCAAGAAUAUCCUCCGGCCCCAGCUCCGGUUUCGUGAGAAGGUGGAUAAUGCCAACACCCCUUUUGUCCCCAAGCUCUUCGUCAAGCCCAACGCUCUGAAGCCCCUGCCUGAAGUGCUCUCGAAAAGCCGGCGGGAACGGAAGGAGCGGCCUGAAGAUCUGGACGUCCCCCCUGCCUUGGCGGAUUUUCUUCAUCAACAGAGAACCCAACAGUCGGAGCAAGACAUGUUUGCUCACCCGUACCAGUAUGAACUUGAGCAUUUUUCACCGCCGGCAGAACUGCUCGAAAAACCACAAGUCCAGAUGUUCAGGCCUCUCGCAGAAACGCCCUGCCGUUUUAUUUCCACCUUGGACGACCUGGUGGAGCUGAAUGAGAAGCUGAGCACUUGUAAGGAAUUUGCUGUGGAUUUAGAGCACCAUUCCUAUCGGAGCUUCCUGGGCUUGACGUGCCUGCUCCAGAUUUCCACCCGCACCGAGGAUUUCAUCAUUGAUGCCUUAGAGCUGCGUGGUGACCUAUAUAUCUUGAACGAGCCGUUCACGGACCCCAAGAUCGUCAAGGUCUUGCAUGGGGCGGAUUCGGAUGUGGAGUGGCUCCAGAGGGACUUCGGCCUCUAUCUGGUGAACGUCUUCGACACCCACCAGGCCGCCCGGAUGCUCAACCUCGGCCGACACUCCCUGGACCACCUGCUGAAGCUCUAUUGCGGGGUGGAGGCCAACAAGCAGUACCAGCUGGCCGACUGGAGGAUACGUCCCCUUCCAGAAGAGAUGGCCCACUACGCCCGGGAGGAUACCCAUUAUUUGCUGUACAUCUACGACCGAGUCAGAGAGGAGCUGUGGGAAAGAGCCAACGGGCAGCCGGCUCAGCUCCAGGGGGUCUGGCAGCGAAGUACAACCAUCUGCUUGAAGAAAUACAUCAAGCCCAUCUUCACGGAAGAUUCCUACCUGGAUCUCUACCGCAAACAGAAGAAGCACCUCAACACCCAGCAGCUAACAGCUUUCCGCCUCCUCUUCGCCUGGAGAGACAAGAUGGCCCGCCAAGAGGACGAGAGCACAGGGUAUGUGCUGCCGAACCAUAUGCUGCUCAAGGUUUCCGAAGAGCUUCCCAAGGAGCCCCAGGGCAUCAUUGCCUGCUGCAACCCCGUCCCGCCCCUCGUUCGGCAACAGAUUAAUGAGCUCCACCUCCUGAUCCAGCAGGCCAGAGAGAUGCCUCUCCUCAAGUCCGAAGUCGCUGUUGGAGUGAAAAGGAGAGGGCCGCUUCGGAAGACGGAGAAGCCGGAAAACCACCUGUUUGGACCCCAUGACGCCUCGCAUGUCCCUGAAGCGGAGAAGCUGAACCACUCGCCUCCAGUUCCUGGGCCAGCUUUAGAAUAUGCAAGUCUUUUUUCGGAAUCGGAACGAGAGACGGACCAGACGGAUGGCUUGCAGGGGUCCCUCCUCCUGAGAGCCAGCAUCAGCAUUUUUAACGAGCCCGAAGGGAGAGGGGAAGAAGGAGAGGAGAGCUUAACGGUCCCACAGCGGAAAGCCCGCCGUAUCAUGGAGUCAUUUGAAAACCCGUUUCGCAUGUAUUUGCCAGCCGAACAAAGUUCUGCUCACGUCUCCCAGUCAGCCAAGUCCGAUCCGUCGUCGAAAAUCUACGAGAUCAGUAAUCGGUGGAAGCUGCUAAGCCAGGCACAGCUUCAGAGGGGAACAAGGAAAGAAGCCGCAAAGAAGAAGCCGCUCCAGCAGCCAGUGGCGGCCGACAAGGAGCGCAAGGAGGAAGCGGCCAUGGCCGUCUCGGUUCGCCAGAUGGCUGCGCUGGAGCAAGUCGGACGGAAGCGGGAGAAAGGAGAAAGCGACUCCGGGACAGAGACGCCUAAACAGGAGAGGAAAAAGGCCAAGCCCUCACAGCAUCUGGAGGAACCAGAGACCCCAAAGACAUUUACACCCUUUGAUUACAGCAAAUCUGACCUCCGGGAGUUUGCCGAGAGCAGUAAACCCAAAGCGUCCUCACAGUUUGAUCCUGCCAAGCAAAUCCAUACCGGCAAGAAAGGAGCUGGCAAAGUCCAGCAACCACCCGGUAGCCAAAGCAUGUCUUAUGUGACGGGGAAAUCCAGCAGAGGUUUCCGACAUAACUGGCCGAAGAGAUAAUACCGGGGAAGGAAGCAUUCGGAAAAUUCUGUGAAGUGGUAGCAUCAGAACAGAAUCCUUUUGUUUAGCAAGGGCAUCAUUGUUCGAUGUUACUGGUUUGGUUUUUUAAUGGGAGCUGUUCAUUUGGUGUGCUGUUGUUUUUUAAUUAAAGUGCUUUUCUUCCCCCCCCUUCAAAAAAAAUAUGGGGAAGGAAAACCUUUAUAGAUUUAA